AAUACGACCAAGAUGGCAACGUUUAGUUCAGAUCAACAAAACAGUGUACAUAAAAGCAGUUCGUCUGCUGACACACAGACUUCUCUUUAUAAAAAUGCGCAACAAUAUGCACAAGCUUUACGUCCUUGGCUAUGGCAUUAUCAAAAUAUGUGUGUUAUGCAGACGUUUGCUUCUCAUUUCGCUUUACAAACUGCUUUUUCUGGAAAUCGCAAUGUUACACCACAAGCUUCCUUGAAUCCUCCAGGUUUAUCGAUAUCAAAUCCUCCAUUGAAUCAAAGACCCCUGAAUGGAGUAAACAUCACACCAACUCCAUUAACUCAACAAAAUUAUACAGACCGUCAAGCAAAUGGCCGGGAAUUGCCAGGUGUUGCACUGCGAGUGCCAACCUUCUGGAAAAGAUUUGCUGCGGAGCUGAUAGAUUUUACAUUUUUAUUCUACAUCAAAAUGACAGUCUCUCUCUGUCUAAUGACUGAGUUCAGCUUUGACCAGUUGUCAUUUUUGAACAGUGAGGAUAUGUUGGACAGCUUUAGUGAACUGGAUUAUGACAGAGCCUUUGCAAUCACAUAUGAAGUUAUAGCCCUUGAAAUUUUAAAUAGAAUCCUAAUUACAAUUUUUGAGACUUUGUGCCUCUACCGUCCAGUGGGAGGGAGACCAGGAGUGGGAGCAACACCUGGGAAAAGACUGCUGGGAUUAAAAGUUGUGUCAUGUGAUCAUGUUGAGAGUCUAGGUCAAGGUCAGGUGUUAGUCUCACCAGCAGGAAAUGUCAGUCUCAAAAACGCUUUCCUUCGGUCACUGAUAAAAAAUUUCACCAUCGCACUGUUUCUGCCAGCAUGUUUGACUCUGUUUUUCUUCAAGCACAAUAGAGCAGCCUACGACAUAGUAGCACACACAAUUGUUGUGGAAGAUAUUCUUUAAGUUUGAGUCUGUUGAUUGGUUGCUAUUGUAAUGAUUGUGAAUGAUCAUGGCACAAUUGAAUCACCAUGGCCGACCUCACUAGUCAAGUUGUUACACAUACUAUUUCCUCUUGUUUGAUCACUUUGUGUUGAUAUGUUGUCAGGUUGAUGAGUGAACAAUGUUUGCACCUGGUUUAGCUGUACAUAGGUACCUGGGGUGGGCUGUGGCUAGGGAUUGUUUGAACUGAGUGUUAACAGUCUGGUCAAUUAUUCCUUCAAUCAAAAUUCUCCUGAUGUCCUCAACACUUGACUUAAAAUUUUUUUGUUCUGUCCAUGAGUUGAAUGAAUUCCACAUACAUACAUUGUAUGUUCAUAUGUAGUCAGGUUUUUUAUCUUUGGUUCCACAUGAAUACUUACAUUGUAUGUUCUUACAUUAUUUCUACAAAAAUGCUUUCAUUAUCAAUCCAUGAUUUAUUUGGUGGGUUAUCCACAAGCCUCUGUUACUUACAUUGUACGCUGUACUACUAGCGUUCCUGUCCCUUAUAAUGCUACAAUCUGAGAAAAAAGGCAGAUGUGAUAGUUUAAGAAGUUUUCAUCAAUUUGUUACCUAACCUGUAUUUUUAGAUGUGUGACCCUGUUUUAAUAUAAACAAAUGAGGCGCAAUAUUUCUUGGAUCCUAAUAUUUGGGGUGUGGGACUGUCCACACUUUCCACCCCAGGGUGUGAUCUAUGGAAGCCCUGAGUGUUUUCAUCACCCUUCAUAAUAGUCAGGGAAAAGAAACCUCAGCCACUGACCAGGUGUCAGAGCUACCGGUUACACCACUGCAGGGGUGCCAGGUACAUUGAAUGCCAUGCACCACCAUGUCCAUAUUGCAGGGUGCUCUUGAGAAAGAAUGUAGGCACCAUAGUGCUCAUGGAGAAGCCUGGGGUGCUGCAGUUCACCCGUCUGUGGUGAGUGGGCCAAAGUCUAUUUAGCUCACCUUAUCCAUAGUGUAUGGCACUCUUUGAACUUAACAUGGGGGAACCUCAGGCCUCCAUAAUGCUCAUUUUAUUCCCUGCAGGAACAUUCCCGGAGUAUUGUCAUCAACUCUCCAAUGUUUCAUCGCACGUAUAAUAAUGCAUAAAAAACAGACAUAUUAUCAUUUAUAUAUAAAUAUAUAUAUAUAUGGGUGUACAUUCAUGAUUACUUACAUUGUAUGUUGUAUGGUAGUUUGAAGAUGGCUGUGACAGUGUUUUAUGUAAAUGUUACUUGAUUUCAUUAAACAGAAACAGGCCCAAAACAA